AUGGGGAAGGUUACGAGGAAGCCGCAGGAGAAGCACAAGGCGUCGUUGUCCCCUGCGGUAACAGAUCUGGUCAAGCAGGUUUCGACAGUGCCCUUGGUCGACCUUCCGGGUGUCUUGGCUGCCUGGUCGCCGAGAUGGCCUUAUCCCCGUGGCGAUCUCAACAACUGGAUCGAACCUCUCGACCGUUUUGACAGCAUCCUCCAGUCCUUCAACUCGAGAUAUGGCUUGGACAAAGGCCCUCAGACAAUACCCUUUAACUCAUCACUAUUACUCGAGGGGAGCCCUGGGGUCGAUGAGCAGGGUUUGAAAGAGAGAGGAUUUGGCCCAGAGGGUGAUAGAGAACUGGUCGAAUCGGUUCUGGCCUUUUCGAAACUUCUGGUUGAAAAAUGUGCAAACCGCGCAGUCUACAAUAGCACAGACCGCUUGAAUGACUUGUUACAUACCACAUCGCUCUCCCUACUGCACAGCACUCUGCAAAUCACCUUCUUCCUAGCGCAGCGGUACGGAGGCAUUCGCCCCUCUCAUGGGCCAAAAUUUUAUGAUUUUGAUUUUGAGCGUAUCGAGAGACUGGCUUCGCCUUUCGGGCCACUUCCAGCGAAUACUAAACGUGGACCACCAUCUCCAGUCAAGACCAAGUCCAAAGAGAAAGUUCAGCACAACGGCAGCAAACCGAGGCGUGGCUCCACUGCAUUCAAUCCAAACGACUUUCGUGCCCUCUGCAAGGAAUCCCCACAGCAUGGCGACCGCGGGAAAUCUUCAUCAGCCGGACUUGAUCGAGAUUGGUCUGCAUGGGCUCACCACGUCAGAGUCUGGUGGGAAACCUCAGGCUCCGAACCCGAGGCUGCCUCUGUUGAAGCCUCGCAAUCGUUAGAAACCUCACCCACCCCGACACGCAGCCGACCAUUGUCGACGGGCCCUGGCACGGCAAAUACCAACGGCUCUUCCAAUGACAUUGGCAGUAGUAGAAUUAUCCAUGCACCAGGUGAAAAAGAGAAGAGUGUGAAGAUACUCGAAUUCUCUCCCUCGGAUCUAUCAGCCACCACUAUUGAGACGAUCUUGCACAACCACCUGGCUGACGACAUGCCGCCCAAGGUUCGAUACGAGCUGCUGCACCAGCUUCGUGUUACCUAUGCUUUGAUCACCUCCUCGAGUAGUCGCAAGGAGCUGUUAGCAGUGCGGCUCUUGUCCAUCGCUAGUCUGGCCAAUGUCUUUGGCGAACCAGACCUCACUCAGAAACUGUUCUCGGAGGAGAAGCCUCAGGAAUUCAUCCAGCAAGUUGUGGGUCUUCUUCACGACACAAAGAAGUCCCACCCUAGUGUGCCCAUCUAUCUUCAAACUCUGGCCAUGGAGACAAUGUCGUUCCUGGCACACUCGAAAUCUUUCGCUUCCGAGAUUCAUGCUGCAUUGGGUGCAGGAUCAAGUCAGGGGCUCCUUUCUCAACUGAUACAAAAGGGCCUGAGUGAUAUUGCUCAGGAGCAUGACCAUACCGAUGACGUGUUUGGGGACGAUUGGAGAGACGCGAUCUUUUCGUUGCCGAGGACGCUCAUUGAGGUUACUGGUCACCACGGACGCUCUAGCGAGGCGGUGAUAGCUUCAAGCUUUAUCACCUCAUACCUUACCGGGUUCAGUAUUACAACCGCCAAAGCCAUGAGGGUCCACCUGCGCAUGCUUGACUUUAUCAAGACGUUCUUCCAUCACUUCAAAGAUGGUCUCGCCACUUUGUUAAGUAACAAUGCUUUUGAGGCUAUCUGCAAUCUCUUGAGCACUCUUGUGACAAGUGCUUGGGAUCUUCUCCAGGCAGGCCAAGGGAUACCGGCUCAGCAUAAGACGCGGGCUACGGACUACGAAAUCCCUUAUAUGCAUCAGCAAAUAAUCCGAUCCAUCAUUGACAUGAUCAACGACAUCAGCGGUCAUCAGGGUCAGCAGGCUGAUCGAGUGCUGAGAAGCCUGGUCGACUCUCAGGCUUUGCUCCGUGCCUUUCGGCUCAUUGUCGACCAUCUGACUGCUUUCGGUGCGCACACAUGGAGCGAAGUCAUCAAGGCCAUCUGGGGAUUUCUCCACAACGAGCCCACAAGCUAUGCAGUGAUAUCCGAAGCAGGUAUUAUUCAGAGCAUUCUAAACACAGUCAAUCCGUCACCGAACCCGUCAGAAACUCCAGCGAAUCAGAAGCGGUCAAAUUCAAUAUCGUCGGUCCCUGAAAAUCGACCACAAGGUAUUCCACCCGUGGUUGAUGCAAUUGUCAAUGUCUCUCAGGUGUUCGGCGCCAUUUGUCUUACGAGCGCUGGUUUCGACCUGUUCAAAUCCUCCGGUGCUCUGGAGAAGUUUUUCGAGAUCUUCGAGUCACCUGCCCAUGUGAAGGUCCUCAACGAUGCAAGCAUGCUGGCUAUGCUUGGUUCGACAUUCGAUGAGCUCAUCAGACAUCAUCCAAACUUGCGGACUUCCGUUUUGAGUGCGGUGAUGAUAAUGCUUGGUCGCGUGCGUCAUAUAGGCAGGUCGCUCUCCGUCAACUUUGGUGCAGGAGCAAAGCUGUGGCUUGGUACAGAGGAUGAACUUGUUCCCUGCGGUGGACGCGAGGCCCUGUCGUUGGAGAUUCUACCACCAGUUUCAAGCAAUGCUGAUGAACUCAUUCCUGCCAGAAAGAUUGACCUGCCGAAUGGUGACAAAUUGAUUCUGGAGGAUGAGAUGCUUCCCCCGAGCACUGUUACCGGAAGACCGAGCGAUCAAGAUGGCAAUGGGCUGAAAGCUAGUGACUACGUGAGACCUGCGAUUGCGUUCUUGAUGGCUUUCUUCGAGCACCAGGCUCAUUGCACUAGCUUUUUGGACCAUGGUGGCUGUGACCUUGUCUUGGACUUCAUCACAUUGCCCAGCCUGCCGGUUGCAACUCAACCCUUUGACCGACACGGUGGAAUGUUCCAAGAGCUGGCCGCGGCAGUUCACAUGAUGGCCGAGACCAAACCGCACAUUGUACUUCCAGCACUUGUCGACCGCGCGCGUUUUGCUUGUUCGGAGCUAAAGCACUUCAGCCAAUGUCAGCCAACCGACUGGUCUUGUUAUUUUGGCCCUCUAGUGAAAGCCGCGCCAGGCACCACCGGGACAGGCAAGGGCCCUGCUCCGCAGCUGUCAGACGUGGAGUUAAAUGGAACUCGCCUAGUCAGAAGCAUGAUGGCGGUCUUUUGUCUGGCCCAGGUGCUAAGCGAGAUCUUCAACAUUCCGAUUUAUAACCAGAGACACAUGCAUAACUUCCUGUUCGGGUCAGUGAACCUAGAGGAUGUUUUAGCCGACAUUGCUCAAAUGAUGGGAGCGAUAUCAGCUGCCUGUUGUCGCGAGGAUGUCGCGCUCCAGCGCUCAAUCCCCGAAUCCUGGAUCUCGGCAACACGCCCAGAACACUUCUCGACCGGUGACGAUGAGGUCGAUAAACUUUUGAGUGUUCGCGACAUCACGUCUCGCCAUACAGGGCUUUCGACACCUGAAACUGGCGAGAAUAAAGCAAUCUCUGGGUCAGACUCCGCUACACUGAGUAAGGAUCGACAAACACCAUUCUUCAAGAACGUCCAGACUCUACGCUUUCUCUUGAUCGAAACUCCUGCCGCCAUCACCGAUUUCCUGUGUCGACUUGGCCGCAACAUCGCUGGCCGGCGUCGCCCAGACACCUUCUCCAAACAGAAGACGUCCUUAGUGGCAAAUGCUCUCGCCUCCGCCUAUUUGACACAACUUCGACCAUACUUCCUCAAUCCGAAACCUCCGCAAAACGGUGGCGCCGAGGAUACCGAACCCCGCUUUACUUAUCUUGUGAUCGCUCUAGAUAACGUCCGGGGCAGCUUCUACGACGACAGCAGUUCGUCAUCAGGACCCAUCGCGACACAUCCAGCCCGUCAAGGUUUUGUCGUCGAGGCGUUUCGCAAGGCUGGCGGUAUCAAAACUCUGACGGAGAUCGGCACAGAGUUUUUCGACAAAUUGAAGUCCUGCAAAGUGGAGCAUGCCAUUUUCUCUGCCAAUACGGGUCUCAAAAUCUGUCUCGAUAUCCUGGAGGUAUUCACCGAUUCAAAAUGCAUCAUGGAAUCGGCACAGUCGAACAACAUGAAGACUAUAGACCCUUCGAGGCAACACUACUUUGUUCCUGCUCAAGUAUUACUCAACUUACGGAUGGAAGCACUUCCGCUCGCGCGAUUGAUAUGGGCGAGUGAAUACGCGGACCAAGCAUCCAAAGACGUUGUGCAGAAGCUGAUCUCGAUCUUGAAGCAUGUAUUCACUGGUGACCAUGAGAUGGAAGCAGUGCAGUCUGAUGGUGACCACCCUACUCUUGCACCCUUUGCGCCAAGGCGACCGGAGUUUGACCCUUCAAAGGUCAACACUUUGAAAGAGAAAGGCUACAGUGAGGAUCUCGUACGCGAGGCUCUUUACCGCUCCAAUUCGCAAGCGCCAAAUAUCUACACGCCAGCUGAAGAGUACUGCCGAGCACUUUUAGCCAAUCCUCGCCGGAGGCGACUGCCAGUCCCUGAGAGAGACAGCGACACUGCGACUGCUCCUAGCAAUAUUUCUGGCGCUGUGACUCCGCCGGCAAACUCAAUUUCAUCUUCUGGUUGGGUCUCGCUGGGCACGAUUCACACUCUACCUCCGAAUGCGCAUCAAGCGCCAGACGACAACGAGAUGGAAGACGUCACCACCUCUAGUCAAAACACUUCCGCAUCGAGACCUGCGGAUAAUGCCACGACGAGCGUUUCUUCCGCAAUGGACAUCAGUAACCUUCUCAAUAGUGACACUGAACCUGAACGCGUGGUACCACAACCUUCCGAGGCAGAUCUGCCACGGAAUUACUCCGUUCAAUCGAUCAACGAACAGAGGGCACUCAUCAGAGAGGACCUGGCAGAGCGAUGCAACAAUAUUCUCGACAAUCACCCGAACUUGACCUUCGAGCUGUCUGACUUGAUCAUUAGUGCAACAAAGAAAUUGGGUGAAGAUCAAGCCAAUGAGUUUUGGAGAACUACCUUGGAUCUUCUGACUAGUUCACUACUAUCGAUGCAAGACGAAGAUGAUAUUAACGAAUCCCGCGGAAAGAAAAUCGCCGCCGCAGCACACCUGGUAGCUCUCCUUAUCCAGGAUGGAGAAGUGUUCAAAGAGACACUCAAUAUAUUCCAGGACUCGUUUGAAGGCAUCCUUUCGUUUUUACAACUUCCGGCAGCGGAUGGACGGGCAGAUGAAGGCUCCUUUCCAUGGGUUGCGCCUAUCCUGCUGAUUAUUGAAAAGAUGCUGUCCAAGGACUGUGAGCCGGCAGUAGUCAAGUGGGAUAAUCCGACGGACCUUGAUUCUGUCACAAAGGCUGUGCUGACACCGGUUGCUGUGUUCGAUAUGGAUGACAAACUGAAGCUCUUCGAAGCACUCGUGAACCUGCUUCCUCGCGUUGGCAAAGACAAAGGCAUGGCUUUAGCCAUCACUAGAGUUCUAGUUCCUCUUACAAGAACUCGAGAAGUUGCCAGCAGGUUGGCUGAGAAACGGAACCUUCAGAGACUCUUCCUCAUGGUCAAGCAACUUACCAAUGGGGUGGGACAUCGCCUACAAAGUUGCUUCAUGCUCAUUCUGCGACACAUUGUCGAGGACGACGCAACCCUGAAACAAAUCAUGCGCAGUGAGAUAAAGCUUCUAUUCCACUCUCGCAGCACGGCACGGCAACCAGACACAAACAGUUACAUUCGUGAGCUGUACCAUCUUGUCCUGCGAUCGCCAUCUGUCUUCGUCGAGACGACAAAUGAGCUUGUCAAAUUGUCUUCGUGGCAGCCGCAUGCUACAGGUGUGGCUGCUCUGGUAUUGAAGGAUACUCUAGUGCUGAAGGAGACCAGUGAGUCCAAGGCAACCGACCAAGACGAAGGUGCCCAAAGUCAACCAAACGAAGACAGCACAGUGGAUGGCACGCAGCCAGCAGCCAGCGUUGAAAACGCGCCAAAUCCCAACGAAGAGGGUAGCAAAGGCAAGGUGCCCGAAUUGAAGCCUCCAACUGUCGAGCAUCCGGAUGGAGUCAUUCACUUCAUUCUAUCUGAAUUGUUGAAUUACAAGGAUGUUGAGGAUAAAGAUCCCCCUGCCCAGGUUUCGGGCACUCCAACUGUGAAUGGGACGUCAAAUCUUAACCAACACACCGCUACAGCAAGUUCGUCUGAAGGCCCUGCCAUUGACGGUUCGCAGCCGAAAUCUGAGAAGGCAAAGUUCAAGCCCGAGGAGCACCCAAUCUUUUCCUACCGCUGCUUCUUGAUGUACAAUCUGACCGAACUUCUGCACUCUUAUAACCGCGCAAAGAUUGAGUUCAUCAAUUUCUCUCGCAAGGCUGACCCAAUGGCGGGUACGCCAUCGAAGCCACGUUCUGGGAUUCUCAACUACUUCCUCACCGGACUGAUUCCAUCCUGUUAUGUGGACAAGGAAGAUUCUCUCCAAUUCAAGAAGAAAUUGCUCACAAGUGAUUGGGCUAUCCGAGUGAUUGUUGCCCUGUGUUCUAAGACAGGGGAAGCGGGUAUGACUGUUACUGCGCAACGAUACUCCACACAGCCACAAAUCGAGGACGUUGACGACGAACCAGACCUGACAUUCGUGCGCCGCUUUGUCCUCGAGCACGCCAUCAAAGCGUACAAGGAUGCCAUUUCUUCGAACGAACCACUUCAGAUGAAGUACAGUCGAUUGCUGUGUCUCGCUGACAUGUUCAAUCGUCUCUUGACAAAGCCCGCCGUCCCAGAAGGCUCUGCUGGCUCCCAGAAUACUUCCUACAAAGUUCUUUCCAGGAUGAUGUUUGAGAAGAAUCUUAUCUCAGUCUUGACCAGUUCGCUCACAGAAAUCGAUCUUGCAUACCCUGGCUCCAAGAGAGUGAUUAAGUUCAUCCUGCGCCCAUUACAGGAGCUCACCACAUUAGCAACCCAACUAAGCGUCACGUCGCCGGACCUUUUGAACUCCGUGGUGGGAAACAUGCCUGAAGACGUCAUUUCGUCUGCCUCGUCGGUAUCGGAUGUUGAUGAAGAGCGGGAAGAAACACCUGAUCUUUUCCGAAAUUCUGCGCUCGGUUUGCUGGAUCCUAAUCGGGAUCCUGGCUCGGACUCUGCGACGGAUGAAGAAGAUGAAGACGAGGAGAUGUAUGACGAUGCGUAUGAGGACGAAAUGGAGUACGAUGACGGCAUGGUUGCCGGUCCGAACGACGACGAAGCAGUCAGCGAUGAAGAAGAAGGUGAAAUGGGGCCAGACGGUGAAAUAGAGGGCCUUCCAGGUGAUGUACCAAUGGACAUCGAAUUUGUUGUGAACGAUCCUCACAUGGAUGUCGACUCAGAUGAAGAUGAAGAUGAUGAGGAUGACGACGAGUCCGACGAAGACGACGAGGACGAUGACGAUGACGACGACGGCGAAGACUUCGAAAUUGGUGAAGACGACGAUGCCGGUGAAAUCAACGCUGAUGACGAAAACAACAGUCUCAAUGAAGGGCCCGAGGACGAGGAAGGCGAAUGGGAAGACGAAGAUGAAGAUGAAGACGACGACGAUGAGGGCGAUGAGGCAGAAAAUGCUGGGGGACGACAUCGCAUCGCUGGGUUCGAUCACGAUGAGUUUUCCUUCCCUGGAGGUAUGAUGCCCGUUGCUGUAGUACAGGGUCACGACAAUGGCCCGCCCGCCUCGGCAGGUGUCCUCAGCAACUUGCUUCGGGUCUUGGGUGACCACGACCUUGAUGGCUCGAUGGGCGAUCGGUCAGAAGAUAGGUCUACGCCACUCAGGAUAACCGCCCGUCGUAGUCGUCCUUCAAUCGAUCCAGGCGUCGUUCCACCUCCAGGAAUAACUUUUCCAGAGGAAGAGGACGAUGAUGAUGAGGACGAGGACGACGAGGACGAAGACGAUGAAGAUGGCGACGAUAUGGACGAGAAUGACGGAUUGGAGUACGGUGACUUCGAUCACUUACUUGGUGGUGCCCGUGAGAUCAUCGAGCACACCCAUUUGACAUGGGACCAUCCGCCUCUUAUGCGGCGGCAUCGUCCACUUGCUGGCUCGGUCUGGAAUUCCCUUACUAGGCGGAUUGAAGGCCGUGAGGAUCUGAAUCCACCAGGCCGCUCGGGCCGUAUAUCGGGACACGUGAGGUCUGGCGAUGAUGGCACAAACCCUCUGUUACGAAGGCCUCAACCAGAGUCUCGACAGAGAACAGAGCAGCUUGGUACUAGCAUUUUCUUCCCGUCCGCGAUGCAGAUACCAGGGAUCCCUCCCUUCCAUCAACCUAUUCAAGCAACUCUCCAUACGGUUGAUCCACGCGGAAUAGGCGGACAUGGAGCUGUACUUGACGCCAUUUUCUCGGCUCUUCAGCGUGGCGAGAUAGGCGAAGGACAGGUUCGGCUUCGCAUUCCCGCUCCCCUUACAGAUUUCCGCGAUCCCUGGCGAUCAUCUGGGUGGGAUCCCCGCCAUCACCGUCAUGCUUCCCGCGAAGACUCCCAGCGCGGUAACAACUUUGUUCCUUCACCGACUAUGGCACGUUGGCAAGAGGAAGUACGACUUCUCUAUGGCACUACCUAUAUAGAGAAGAUCCAGAGGGUUCAAUUGUGGCUCAUGUCGUUCAUGGUUCCCUUCGCUCAGCAAGAGGAAAAAGAACUCAAACGGAAGCGAGAACAGGAGCAGAAGGCAGAACGGGAAGAAAUGGAAAGAUUGAAGGUGGAAGCAGAACGUCGCAAGAAAGAGGCUGAGGAACGCGAAGAAGAGCGUUUGCGGGUUGAGGCCGAAAUCGCUGCAGCUGUCGAAGCUGAUGCCCAAGAAGAGGAUGUUGAGCAUGAAGACGGUGACACUGUUCCUAUGGAGGAUGUACAAGAUACGGAAGUAUCGAACGCGCAGGAAGCCCCUGACAACGCGGCUUCGACUUCGACUACGACUGAAGCGCAGCCGCGUGUUUUCACUACCAUUCGAGGCCGGCAAAUCGACAUCACAGGGCUUGCGAUUGAUAUUGAGUAUUUGGAAGCGCUACCAGAAGAACUCCGCGAAGAGGUCAUCAUGCAGCAGUAUGCUACUCGCCGUGAAGAAGCUCGUCAAGAAGGGGCUAGUACGUCUGGCAUUGAUCCAGACUUCCUCAACGCUCUCCCAGAAGAGAUCCGAGAAGAGAUACGGCAACAGGAAGCCCAUGCACAACGCCGACGGGAGCGUGAAGAAGCUCGCAGACAAGCUGCAGCCAACGGAGGACACGCGCAGGCGGAAGACAUGGACAACGAUAACUUCUUGGCCACCCUUGAUCCUGCAUUCCGUCGUGUGAUAUUAGCAGAACAGCCCCCGGAGGUCUUGCGUCAGCUUGACCCUCGUCACGCUGCAGAAGGUCGGGCACAUGCCAGACGUCUGUAUCAAUAUGUCCGGAAUGAUGGAGACGGGCGUGACGAUCGACACGGCGAAGACGCAGGUCAACGCGACGGCAAGCGGCAGAUUAUUCAGAUGGUUGAGAAGUCUGGAGUGGCAACUUUGUUGCGCCUCAUGUUCUUACCACAACAAGGUUCGCUUCGCACAAAUCUAUGGCAUGUCCUACGCAAUAUCUGCGGUAACCGACAAACUCGAUCCGAAGUCGUCAAUCUCUUACUCCUCAUUCUCAAAGAAGGUUCAACGGAUGUGUCGGCUGUUGAGCGCAGUCUAGCCAAUUUAUCCUUGAGAGCAAAAGCCACUGUUGGCCAGAAGACGCCUCAGCCACUCAAACGUACGCUCUCGCUGCAGCCUGCAGGUGGCAUUAGCAAUGAGGUCACCCCUCUUGUGGUCGUGCAGCAGUGUCUUUCUGCCCUGAGACAGCUUUGCCAGAGCAAUUACCACACUCGGACUAUCUUUAUCCGGGAAAGUGACGCCAGUCUGGCCUCCAAGAAGGGUAAAGGAAAAGCCAAGGAGGUCAAGGCAGCCAGAUAUCCUAUCAACGAUCUAAUCAGCCUCCUCGACCGCAAACUGAUCGUGGAAAGUUCGUCGUGCCUUCAAUCACUUGCUGAGCUUUUAUCGGCCGUGACUCAGCCUUUGCCGAAUCUUUUGAAGAAGGACAAGGAGAAGGUCGCCGACGAAGAGAAGCCGACUGAGCCUGAGGGCAGGACCACAGAGGAAGCAAUUUCCGCCAGUGCAUCUACUGAAGCAGCUCAACCAGCUCGAAUAGAUGCCGAUGUUGAGAUUCAAGAUGCUCCGGCUCCUGUUGCUACCAACGAAGCGACUGAAGCUUCUGCAAGUGUGGCUGAACAACCCGAGACUGCUGAGACUGGCACGAAUGACAAUGCAGAAACUAGCAAUGACGACUUGACGACCGAAGGCGCCAAAUCAAAGAAGGCUUUCGAACCGCCCGAGGUUUCAGAACACAAUUUACAACUCGUUGUGAGCAUCUUCGUUGCUCCGGAAUGCAAUAGCGAUACAUUCCACUCUACCUUGGAGACGCUGUCGAGCCUGUCAUGCAUUCCCGGUACCUCGGCCGUCUUUAGCAAGGAGUUGAUUCAUCACAUCAAAGAACUUUCGGAAUCCAUCUGCAAAGACCUAGAGGAGCUGAUUCCACAACUCAAAGAAGCGCAGUCGAUCACUGACCUCCACGUGCUCUCGUCGACAAAAUUCUCCCAUGGUGGUUCCGACCAAGUCAAGCUAUUGCGAGUUCUCCAGGCAUUGGACUAUCUAUCCGCGCCUAAGGCGGAGAAUGAAGAACCCGAGGGAAAUGCGGUGGCAAAGAGCAUCCUUACUUCUUCGUACGAAAGCCUUGCACUGCGACCGCUGUGGAGCAAACUGAGUGAAUGUUUAACAACGGUCCGCGAAAAGGACAACAUUACCACCUUUGCUACAAUAUUGCUUCCACUCAUCGAGUCGUUGAUGGUGGUCUGUAAGAAUACCUCUCUCAAAGACUCGGUUCUGGCUCGCCAGAUCAGAGAACAGGUACCUGGAAGUCCUGCGCCGGAGGCUAUGGAUGACCUCCAAGAACUGUUUUUCAACUUCACAACCGAGCAUCGGAAGAUCCUCAACGAUAUCAUCCGCCAAUCUCCCAAGUUGAUGCAAGGAAACGGAAGCUUCAGCCUCUUGGUUAAGAACCCCAAAGUCCUCGACUUUGACAACAAGCGAGCCUACUUUACCAAGCAGAUUCACUCUAGAUUGCACCAGCAACGUCAUAUUCAACCCCCUCUACAGCUCAACGUCCGCCGCAGCCAAGUGUUCCUCGAUUCUUACAAGGCCUUGUACUACAAAUCCGCCGAGGAGAUGAAAUAUGGUAAACUCAACAUUCGUUUCAACGGCGAAGAAGGCGUUGAUGCAGGUGGUGUCACUCGAGAAUGGUUUCAAGUUCUUGCUCGAGGCAUGUUCAAUCCAGAUUGGGCCUUGUGGCAACCUGUGGCAGCCGAUCGUACCACAUUCCACCCUAACCCGCUCAGUUGGAUCAAUGGUGAACACCUUCUUUACUUCAAAUUCAUCGGACGCAUCAUUGGAAAGGCCUUGCACGAGGGCCGUGUUCUCGAUUGUCACUUCAGCCGGGCUGUUUAUAAGCGUCUUCUUGGGAAGGAACCUAAUUUGAAAGAUCUCGAGUCUAUGGAUCUUGACUACUACAAGAGUUUGGUGUGGAUUCUGGAGAACGACAUCACCGACGUCAUCACCGAAGACUUCUCUGUGGUCGAAGAGCAAUUUGGCGAGGAAAAGAUUGUGGACCUUGUUCCGAAUGGCCGCAAUAUCCCCGUGACGGAGGAGAACAAGAGAGAAUACGUCAAUGCCCAAGUUCGGUAUCGCCUCACCACAUCAGUAAAAGAGCAGCUUGAGAAUUUCGUCAAAGGUUUCCAUGAUAUCAUCCCAGCAGAGCUCAUCGCCAUCUUCGACGAACAGGAACUCGAAUUGCUCAUCUCUGGAUUGCCAGAGAUCGACGUGGACGAUUGGAGAGCCCACACCGAAUACCACAACUACAAUGCCAACAGUCCUCAAGUUACAUGGUUCUGGCGCAUUGUCCGCGGUAUGAGCAACGAAGAACGGGCGAAAUUGUUACAAUUCGUCACUGGCACCAGCAAAGUUCCUCUCAACGGCUUCAAGGACCUUGAAGGCAUGCAAGGGAAUACGUUGUUCAGUAUUCACAAGGAUCCAAGUCAAUCUCGCUUACCGACGAGUCACACUUGUUUCAAUCAGCUGGACUUGCCUGCUUACGAUGACUAUGAUACUCUCAAGAACAACUUGAUGACGGCAAUUAAUCUCGGCGCUGAUUAUUUCGGUUUCGCAUGA